AGCCAGUACAGAGCCAGACACUGACAGAGAGACACAAAAAGCUCACCUCGUCCUGCUCACACAUCAACCAACCUUUUAACCCUACAGCAACUUUCUGGAUUGGAGAAACACACAGUGUCAUUAAUACAGAGGAACGAGGAACAGGAUAGCGAGAGUGCACGAGAGGAGAGCGCAAAAUAUUUAAAAUGGCCAACACCGUAACGUUGCUGUGCUGUGUAGUGCUAGCUGCUGUGGUGGUGGCAUACGCGCAGAGACGCAACCAGACAGGGGCCAGUAUUCAGUAUGAGCGUAUGGAUGGGGACGUGACCAUGAGGUGUGGCUCUCUGGACAGCGAUGCCAGCGUGACGUGGAAGGUAAACGGGACGGACGUGAAGGCACACCACCGGGAGGAGGGGUCUAGACUCAUACUAAUGGAGGUGGACCUCUCAAACAACGGACUUUACAGCUGCUUUCAGAACCCCAAUGGAGAACGACGGGACCAGAUCAACCUGCGCAUCGGAACCUCACCAAGGGAACCCACGGUGACGUGUCGGUCCAACACCUACCCUAAAGGUUUCUACUGUAGCUGGCACCUACAGCACCCCACCUCCAUACCCACAGACUUCGACGUCACCGUCCUACACAACCAGGAGUCCCUAGAAGUAACAAGGGAUGUGGUCCAUAAGAACCGCUGCCACGUUCUGUUCCCUGAGGUGUUCAGUAGCUACCCCUACAGAGUCAACGUUACAGCUGUCAACGCCCUGGGAAAAGCCUCCACCACCAUCACCUUUGAAGAGAUCAACAUAGUGAAACCAGACCCCCCUGAAAGGGUGGUGGCCACUCCCAUCCCCAGCAACGUGCGUCGUUUGGAGGUCACCUGGAACAGUCCCUCUACCUGGCCUGAUGUAGAGAUCUUCCCCCUGAAGUACUUCCUACGAUACAGACCCCUCAUCAGAGACCAGUGGCAACACGUGGAGUUGACAGACAGUACGGCCCACACCAUAACGGAUGCGUACGCGGGGAAGGAGUACAUCAUCCAGGUGGCGGCUAAGGACAUGGAGAUCGGCACCUGGAGUGACUGGAGCGUCGCGGUGCACGCCACCCCCUGGAUGGACAAACCCCAACAGAUCCCCUUCACCACCGAGCAGGAACCACUCCUCGAGACUACCCCCUCCCCGGCCCCUCCCUCAGCAGAGCCCCAUAGGGCAGGUGUCCCAGUGGGCAGAGCUUCAUCGUCCCGACACCUCCCCUCACCCCUCCUCUGGUCCUCCUGUCUGCUGCAAGGGGCCCUAACUCUGGCCCUGAUAUGAUGUUUUAUUCCUGUGGAAGAAAUUGAGGAGUCUUCUUCGUCUAUUUUGCACAUAUUAAUGGACAUCCUGCAUUGAUCAUUUAUUUCAAGUUUCACACAACAUUAAAUAGAAAGUGAAGAUGUGAUGAAGUCAAAGUUAAAAGAAAAGUUUUCUACAGAAACAAACCCCCAUCAACUACUCACAACAACAACAGCAGGUACUAACAGCAGAACUACAGUACUGCACAGAAGCAGACAUCAUUGAUUGGACAACACAGAAGCAGACAUCAUUGAUUGGACAACACAGAAGCAGACAUCAUUGAUUGGACAUCUCAGAAGCAGACAUCAUUGAUUGGACACCUCAGAAGCAGACAUCAUUGAUUGGACAACACAGAAGCAGACAUCAUUGAUUGGACAUCUCAGAAGCAGACAUCAUUGAUUGGACACCUCAGAAGCAGACAUCAUUGAUUGGACAACACAGAAGCAGACAUCAUUGAUUGGACAACACAGAAGCAGACAUCAUUGAUUGGACAACACAGAAGCAGACAUCAUUGAUUGGACACCUCAGAAGCAGACAUCAUUGAUUGGACACCUCAGAAGCAGACAUCAUUGAUUGGACAACACAGAAGCAGACAUCAUUGAUUGGACACCACAGAAGCAGACAUCAUUGAUUGGACAACACAGAAGCAGGACUGUGUCUCCAUGGAGCUCCAGGCUUGUUAGUGGAUCUGAGACUGUUAAGACUUAUCCUCAGCAGCACAGUGGACUGAUUCCAUUCUCCAAGUAAAAAAACAAAAAACUUUUUCAUUCAUUAUUCAGUGAAUUUUGAGACACUUGUAAGAGAUCCCAAGAUCCCGUUUGUCAUCAUUUGUGGUGACAUACAGCUAACUCAUCAUGCCAAAGACUUGUCUUGGAGAAGGUUUCCCACAAUCCUCAGCUUCCUUAAGCCUGUGCCUGUGUAGAAGGGAUGGAACCCAGAGAAUUCCAGGAUUCUGUAUCUGACAUCCGACAACCAACAUGACGUCACGAUAUAAACAACAACACAUGACAUAAACAACAACAUAACAGAGAACUAAAACACACUUUGGAGAAAUCCUGAAUAAGAGUUCUAUAGCUUUCUAUUGCACCCAGCGAUCACCAAGAGAGUAGAGCUGUUAAAACACAGUGGAUUUGAGAGCAAUUCAUCUCCAUCAUCGUCGUCUGUUUGCGACUUUACUAUUUGAGGAAGUAGAUUACCAUACAAUACAUGACUUUAAAAGAAUAAGGGUAUAUCAGCAAAAAGUUGAUUCUGAGGUAAUUGGCUUUAAUGUUCCGAAACCUCAUUGGUUUGAACGGUGUGAUCAAUUUUAACGUGUAGUCUUUACCAACAUAUUUACAGCACUAUAUAGGUAGACAUUGUACAGAACAAAAAUAUAUAUUUCAAUAACUCAAUAACAUAAAUGCAGAUAGAACCAUUCAAUUCCAAGCUCUCGAUUAGGCCCUCAGUCCUCUGGCAGGUGGACUAUAUACUCUGUAGAAAGACAAGCUCUCGAUUAGGCCCUCAGUCCUCUGGCAGGUGGACUAUAUACUCUGUAGAAAGACAAGCUCUCGAUUAGGCCCUCAGUCCUCUGGCAGGUGGACUAUAUACUCUGUAGAAAGACAAGCUCUCGAUUAGGCCCUCAGUCCUCUGGCAGGUGGACUAUAUACUCUGUAGAAAGACAAGCUCUCGAUUAGGCCCUCAGUCCUCUGGCAGGUGGACUAUAUACUCUGUAGAAAGACAAGCUCUCGAUUAGGCCCUCAGUCCUCUGGCAGGUGGACUAUAUACUCUGUAGAAAGACAAGCUCUCGAUUAGGCCCUCAGUCCUCUGGCAGGUGGACUAUAUACUCUGUAGAAAGACAAGCUCUCGAUUAGGCCCUCAGUCCUCUGGCAGGUGGACUAUAUACUCUGUAGAAAGACAAGCUCUCGAUUAGGCCCUCAGUCCUCUGGCAGGUGGACUAUAUACUCUGUAGAAAGACAAGCUCUCGAUUAGGCCCUCAGUCCUCUGGCAGGUGGACUAUAUACUCUGUAGAAAGACAAGCUCUCGAUUAGGCCCUCAGUCCUCUGGCAGGUGGACUAUACAAUUUGUAGAAAGACAAGAGUUUAAUUUAUAGUUCCAUUGACUUUUCAAAAUGUGUUUUUGCAGUUUACAUUUUAAUAGCCAAUAUCACAAGUUCAUAUUAUUACAAGGAAUACUGUUGUGCUUUAUUACAUGUUUAAUAUUGAAUAAUAAAAUACACACACAGGACCUACACACACACACACACA